ACGACUGUAAGCUGAUAGAAGCUCUAACAAUGUACACGGUGCUACAAAAAAGCACACACACUCAUAGAACAGUCGACAAGCAGAUAUUCUCUCUACAGUCUAAUUAAUGCACUAAUAUAUACGAGCACAGACUUUUAUUCACGUACAUAAACAAUCCACACUCAUAAACAAACUGUGUAAUGAACUAAUAAUACAAGCACAAACUCCCACUCAACCAUUCACUCAUAUCAUUACUCACUCAUUUCCUUUAUUCCCCCCACUCAUUUCGUCACGUACUCUCUCUCUCGCAUUUAGCCGCGCGCGCGCGCACACACAAAUUCACUAUCGUACAUCCCUCACACUCUUUCUCAUUCUUUUUCUCCCCCUCCUUUCUUUCACUCACCCUGAACACACAGACUAGCAGAGAAAAAAGAGAGAGAGAGAGUGAGAGAGAGAAACAGUCAUAUACGCACAGAUUCACGUACGCAUUUGUAGCACAACUGCACUCAGACUGGCGGUCUUUCAAGCAAAACUUCCAUCACUCAUGCACACACAUACACACACUAGACAGACCCGUAACACAUACGCGCGCACUCACUCUCGCACUCCCGCCAACUCACUCACUGACGCACAGACACAUACAUCCACAUAUCCGUUUUCAAUCAGUUUUAGUAAUGUGGAAAGAAAGAAGCAGCCUUAGCGGCAUCAUACACAUCAUAUCAUCAUUGUAUCUUCAUCAUCUAAUUUAUUUAGUGUCACCAAAUGUCUGAGAGGAGAGAAGUACAUCUCAAUCGUCAACGUUAUCAACUGGCCCCUUAUGUCGGCAAAAGGAGAACUUACUAUUCUAUAUAUAUUACCAGAGAGAAAAAAAUAUCCCCAAAGUGGACGAGAGAUAUUGCUUAGUCUGCCUUAGAAGCAAAAACAUAUGAACGAUAGUUUCUUCCCUGGCACACUUGAAUACCAGAUUGUGAAUAUCGAAAUAUUUAACAAGAUGUCAUCCCCUACACCGUCCCAGAGUGACACAGGUACCAGUGGCUCAACAUCUUCGGACAGUGAAAUUAGCUUAGAAUCUUGUUCUCCAGGCCUCAGCACAAAAUGUCCAAUUUGCCAGGAGACGUAUACUAUGCCCCGCGUCCUAAACUGCUUCCAUACAUUUUGUCAACCAUGCAUUGAAAAACAACAAGAUAAUCCCGAGAGAGUGAUUUGUCCUGAAUGCAACCAUGAAACUUACCUUGGAUCCCUUGGGGUUUCAGGUCUCAUGCAAGAUUACGCAGUAAGCAAUAUCCUAGAAACCUCUGCUAUCGAUGCUAACGGUCUUCACUGCACUGGAUGCAAGAGUAAAGAUACUACUGCAGUUGCUAAGUGCUACGACUGUGCUAACUUUUUAUGUGCUAACUGCGUGAUGGCGCACCAGUUUAUGCAUUGUUUUGAGGGCCAUCGGGUUCUCACAUUUACCGAAGUACAAGGUGGAAAAGAAGAACUUCAGAGUGAAAAGCCAGUGGCUUGUCCACGGCACCGACACGAAGUGAUUAAAUUCUUCUGUAAAACAUGCUCGGCACCAAUUUGUAAAGAAUGUACAUUAUUUGAACACGGCCGAGGACACGAGUGCCAUUUUAUUUUGGAUGUAAGUGACAAGCAAGUAGAUAUUCUUCGCCGUUUAUCUGAUGAUGCCAAAGCCAAAGCAUCAGACUUACGCCAAAUUGCUAAAGGAAUUGAACACAUUAACAGCAGAUUGCAAAUCCAGUAUCAGAAAGCGCAAGAGGAUAUUACUGAAACGUAUAACUUCUUCCGUGCUGUGAUUGAAGAACGCAAGCAAGAAGUUCAAAGAGAGUUGGAUCAAGUAUUUAAUGGUAAACAGAUUGCUAUUAGUACACUAGCACAGAAGAUUCAAGAAAAUAUUGAGCGUAUUUACCAAGGUUGCGAUUUUAUUGACAAACUAUUGAAACAUGCCAGUUCUUCAGAAAUUCUACUUUUUAAAUCUUUCAUUGAGCAGCGUUUUCAAAAUGUCUUUAAUUUUCAGCCAGAUAUCAACAAUCAAAAUUACUACGAUAUGGAGUUCAUCUCCAAUUUUUCAGCUAUUCAAGUUGGCAUUCAAAAUACAUUUGGUUAUGUUCGACAAAACAGUGAGUUCCAACCACAAACCACUCAGAAACCACAGCCAAUUGCUCGUCCUGCUAAUGGCAUAGUUGUUGGAAAUACUCUAAACAACGGCCAGCUCUUUGAAACUUCUCCACGUCAGUUCUCUUCCACUAAUAAUUUUCAGUUUGGUGGAGGAACUGACAACAAUAUUUAUGAGAAAUGGUCCAGUGGGUUAGACAUCUUUACGAAUGGUAUGGAUAUAUUCCCAACAAAUUCCGACCCACUCUUAGAUCUGACUUCCAAAUUAAUCAAUACAGGUCUGCAUAAUUCCAAACAACAGAUUAAACGACAAAAGAUGAUUUAUCAUUGUAAGUUUGGUGAGUUUGGGACUCUUGAUGGACAGUUCACCGAACCUAGCGGUGUGGCAGUUAAUGCUCAGAAUGAUGUUAUUGUUGCUGAUACAAAUAAUCAUCGGAUUCAGAUUUUUGAUAAAGACGGUCGUUUUAAAUUCCAGUUUGGGGAGUGUGGCAAACGAGAUGGCCAGUUGCUCUAUCCGAAUCGAGUUGCUGUGGUCAGAUCAUCUGGAGACAUAAUUGUUACAGAACGCAGUCCUACACAUCAAAUACAGAUUUAUAACCAAUAUGGCCAAUUUGUCCGUAAAUUUGGCGCUAACAUUUUACAACAUCCCCGUGGAGUUACAGUGGAUAAUAAAGGGCGUAUUGUCAUUGUGGAAUGUAAAGUAAUGCGUGUUAUUAUUUUUGACCAAAUGGGAAAUGUCUUGUACAAGUUUGGCUGCUCCCAGCACCUGGAAUUUCCGAACGGUGUUGUUGUCAAUGACAAAGAAGAAAUUUUUAUUAGUGACAAUCGUGCUCACUGUGUCAAAGUGUUUAAUUACCAGGGGUUGUUUCUUCGUCAGAUCGGUGGCGAAGGUGUCACUAACUAUCCUAUCGGAGUUGGUAUCAACUCUGCUGGUGAGGUUCUUAUUGCUGAUAAUCACAAUAAUUUUAAUCUAACCAUUUUCACCCAGGACGGUCAGUUAGUUAAUGCCUUGGAGAGCAAAGUGAAACAUGCACAGUGUUUUGAUGUGGCUCUUAUGGACGAUGGUUCUGUGGUGUUGGCCAGCAAAGAUUACCGAGUCUACAUUUACAGGUAUGCUCCUCACCAUAUUCCAGCCCUUGGAAUGUGAGCAUUGAUUUUAAUCACCAUUUUUGCUCUCCACCCUUCUGCUGUUUUUCUUUUCCUUGUCUUUUCCUUCUAUGUCUAUCUGUCUCUCUUUCUAUCUCUCUCUUCCCCUCUUUCCUCUUGCCUUUUGCCCCGCUCCCACUCCCCCUGUUUUUUUUUUUUUCUUCUUUCCCCUCUUUCUCUUUGAAAUCUCUCAGCCGAGGAUGAAAUAAUCACCUUUUCUGCCAUAAUUUACAACCCCACCCCUACUGCUGAAGCAUGCUGUUGGACAGACAACAUAUUUAACAAUUGCGUUCUUUAAAUGAUGAAAGAAUGAUGAAAAGGGAGUUAAGAAAAAAUGGAAAAAAAAAACUUUAAAAAAACUUAAAAAAACACCAAAACAAAACAAAAACAAUUGUUUUAUUAUUUAAGAAAAAAAAUUGAAGAAAAGUCAACAUUUUGUAUUUAAUGUAAUUGGUCACAUGGUGAACCAGAAUAUCAACUAAACGGUGCUCAAAAAAAAUUGAAAGAACUGAAUAACACAUGGAAAAUUUUUUUUUCGUUUUUUUUUUUUUUUUUUUUUUUGGUAAGCAAGAAGCAAGCAUAAUUUUAAUAAUAAUAAUAAUGAUUGUUAUGAUCUGCUGAUCAUUGGGAAAAAAAAAUAUGUCAAACGACAGGUUUGUCACACAUCAUUGCUUAGUUUCUUGAAACAUUUGAAGACAGAGGAGUUGGAAUGAAGAAAAAUGAAUAA